CCGGCUGCACCGCAUUGGUAGACGAGUCGUGCACAUGCAUGCCGGCAACGAAUAACAAAAAGAUUUGAGCGCUAUGGCACGUUAAAACAUGAAAGGCCAUCAUCACCGGCGCCGCAACAGCGCCGUGCGCCUCUUCGUGGCGACGUGGGUCUUCAUCGCGGCGCUAUGCACCGCGGCCGUGCUGACCACGUGGGCCACGACGAGCGACGAACCGGUGCACAGCGCGCGGCCGCCGCCCCCGCGGCUUGACGACACGCGCCGCGCCGUCGCCCUGGCCCUGGCGCCCUGCGCCCCGGAGAUGCAACUGUGCACCGCGGUGACGCGGGAUCCCUUCCCGCGAGCGACCGGGACCGCAAAGGACGCCACGGUGACGGCGGAGAUGCGAUCCGUCCUCGGGCGAACGCUCGCGACGAUCCGAGACGACGGCGCGGGCGACCUCCGGCCGGCGCCGGCGCCGCGCGCGACGUGCGUCGUGCCGACACGGGACGGCACCUUCGCCCAGAGGUUGGCCGCCUGGGCGGCGCAGCAGGCGCCCGGCCGCGUCGUCUUCACGGUCGCGGACGCGAACUACGCCGAGUACAUGGCCGACGCGCGGCUCGACACCUCCCGGACGUUCGGGACCAAUCUCUUAGUGGUCGCCCUCGACGAGGCCGCCGCGGUCGCCGCGUGCGCCGCGGGCUGCGCCGUCGUCCGGUUCGGCGGCGGCAAGGGCAAGGACGCGAUCUACGAGGCCAAGUACGGCACGCUGCACCUCCUGCUCUCGCUGAAACGGGACGCGACGUUCCGGGAGAUGGACGUCUGGCACCUGCGCGACCCGGCGGCGGGUACGAAGGAGGCGGACGUCGUGUUCAGCGUGCACCAGGACAACCCCUACAACAUCAACGCGGGCUGGAUCCACGCGCGCGGCGGUGUGGAUACGGCGCGUUUGUUUGAGGACCUCGUGAAAUACCUGAAAUUAAACCCAAAGGCCUUCGACCAGCAGGUCCUGAACUGCAUGGUGUCCGUGUCGUCGGCGCGGGACGAGUGCGACGCCAAGGGCGUCGCCGCGCAGGAUCCCAUCCUGCGGCGGUGGACGACGCCGCCGGCGCGGGUGACGCACGCGACCAUCGGCCCCGACGUCCUCGUGGCCCACGCCCGGCCCUACGUCAUGGCCUGUGCAUAAAUCAAAUUGUCGAGGCGCGUCUCCGCCACUGCCGAAUCAUGACCUCCACGCCAUCGACGCGACCGCCGGCUCGAUGGCGUGGCGGUGUGGUCUCUUACCGCUCGAUUCAGUCAUCAAGGUCGCGCGUUCUCGCCGAGAAAUGACUUAGUGAAGAAUUAUCAGGUAUCCGACUCACUGUUUGAUUGGCGCACAGGUCAUGGCGGCCACGAGGGCGGUGCACGUGCUGACGACGAUCCCGCUGACCGACGCGCGGGGCAAGACCGACGUCGCGCGCGAGCUCAUGCUCUGGCCGGGCGCGCGGGACUACUAUAGGGUCGGCGCGGGCCACCGCUACCUCGCGGUGCGCGGGGGCGUGCUCUCGACGUCGUCGCCGCACCACUUCCACGAGUGGCGCUGGGUCAACGCCGCCCUGACGGAGCUGGUCUGGCUGGCGCGGCUGACGGGCCGCGUGCUGGUCUGGCCGCGCAUCUUCGAUUUCCAGCAGUACCACCACGCGGCGGACCACGUGGAUUUGCGCAGCGUCGAGGAGGUGCUGGGCGGCUGGCGGAGUUGGCGCGAGUCGACGUUCUUCGCGAACCCGCGGCUCGACGUGGCAGAUGACGCGACCUACGCGUCCCUCGCGCUCCGCGGGUCGCGGGCGACGGUCACGCGGCGCAACCACUUCGACGGGCCGCCCGUCAACGCGCGGUCGUACGUGGUGAAGAAGACCGUUGACACGUGGGCCGUCGCCCUCGCGGACCCCGACCUGCGCGACGCGUCCGUCGUGACGGUCGACGUCGACGCGGCCGCGUUCCCCCUGAGCGACUGCUUCCACAUGCGCGGAAGUUCCUGGUCCUGCGCCUCGUCCGUGAGCGCGGGGCGGGUCCCCCGCGAGCUCGCCCUGGUCCAGGCCAAGCUGAACUGGUGCCGCCAAAAAUUAGGCUUCGACCACGCCAAGGCGCCGAACGGCGACGCCGCGCCCGUGGGCUACCAGCCCUCGAAGACGUGCGCCGUCCGCCUCGCGACAGGACUGGUGCGGAAGGCGCCGAUCGCCCUUCCGGUGCCCGGGCGGAACUCGGCCGUAGAGAGUUAA